UGGCGGGAGGGCAGUUCUGAGGAGACCUCGGCGGCGGCAGAGGAGGAGAGAAGCGUAGCGCCGCGCGGCGCCGGGGCCCAUGUGGGGAGGAGUUGGAGUCGCUGUUGCUGCCGCCGCCUGUAGCUGCUGGACCCGAGUGGGAGUGAGGGGCAAGCAGCAGGAUGAAGUUCGCCGAGCACCUCUCAGCGCACAUCACUCCCGAGUGGAGAAAGCAGUACAUUCAGUAUGAGGCUUUCAAGGAUAUGCUGUAUUCAGCUCAGGACCAGGCACCUUCUGUGGAAGUUACAGAUGAGGACACAGUAAAGAGGUAUUUUGCCAAGUUUGAAGAAAAAUUUUUCCAAACCUGUGAGAAAGAACUUGCCAAAAUCAAUACAUUUUAUUCAGAAAAACUUGCAGAAGCUCAGCGCAGGUUUGCUACACUUCAAAAUGAACUUCAGUCAUCACUGGAUGCACAGAAAGAAAGCACUGGUGUUACAACACUGCGACAACGCAGAAAGCCAGUCUUCCACUUGUCACAUGAGGAACGUGUCCAACAUAGGAACAUUAAAGACCUUAAACUGGCAUUCAGCGAGUUCUACCUCAGUCUUAUCCUGCUGCAGAACUAUCAGAAUCUGAAUUUUACAGGGUUUCGAAAAAUCCUUAAAAAGCAUGACAAGAUUCUUGAAACACCUCGUGGAGCAGACUGGCGAGUGGCUCAUGUAGAAGUGGCCCCAUUUUAUACCUGCAAAAAAAUCAACCAGCUCAUCUCUGAAACUGAGGCUGUAGUGACCAAUGAACUUGAAGAUGGUGACAGACAAAAGGCUAUGAAGCGUUUACGUGUCCCCCCUUUGGGAGCUGCUCAACCUGCACCAGCAUGGACUACUUUUAGAGUUGGCCUAUUCUGUGGAAUAUUCAUUGUGCUGAAUAUUACCCUUGUGCUUGCCGCUGUAUUUAAACGUGAAACAGAGAGAAGUGUGUGGCCCUUGAUAAGAAUCUAUCGGGGUGGCUUUCUUCUGAUUGAAUUCCUUUUUCUACUUGGCAUCAACACAUAUGGUUGGAGACAGGCUGGAGUAAAUCAUGUGCUCAUCUUUGAACUUAAUCCAAGAAGCAAUUUGUCUCAUCAGCAUCUCUUUGAGAUUGCUGGAUUCCUUGGGAUAUUGUGGUGCCUGAGCCUUCUGGCAUGCUUCUUUGCUCCAAUUAGUGUCAUCCCCACAUAUGUGUAUCCACUUGUCCUUUAUGGAUUUAUGGUUUUCUUUCUUAUCAACCCCACCAAAACUUUCUAUUACAAAUCCCGGUUUUGGCUGCUUAAACUGCUGUUUCGAGUAUUUACAGCCCCCUUCCAUAAGGUAGGCUUUGCUGAUUUCUGGCUUGCCGAUCAACUGAACAGCCUGUCAGUAAUAUUGAUGGACCUGGAAUAUAUGAUCUGCUUCUACAGUUUUGAGCUCAAAUGGGAUGAAAGUGGGGGCCUUUUGCCAGAUAAUUCAGAAGAGCCAGAAAUUUGCCACAAAUAUUCAUACGGUGUGAGGGCCAUUGUUCAGUGCAUUCCUGCUUGGCUUCGCUUCAUCCAGUGCCUGCGCCGAUACCGAGACACAAAAAGGGCAUUUCCUCAUUUAGUUAAUGCUGGCAAAUACUCCACAACUUUCUUCGUGGUGACGUUUGCAGCUCUUCACAACACUCACAAAGAGAGAGGUCACUCAGAUACCAUGGUAUUCUUUUAUCUGUGGAUCAUCUUUUGUAUCAUCAGUUCCUGCUAUACCCUCAUCUAUCUGAAGAUGGACUGGGGACUCUUUGAUAAGAAUGCUGGAGAAAACACCUUCCUCCGGGAAGAGAGUUGUCUACCCCCCAAAAAGUAUGCCUAUUACUACUGUGCCAUUAUAGAGGAUGUGAUACUGCGCUUUGCUUGGACUAUCCGAAUCUCAGUUACCUCCACAACUUUGUUGCCCCAUUCUGGGGACAUCAUUGCUACUGUCUUGGCUCCCCUUGAGGUCUUCCGGCGGUUUGUGUGGAACUUCUUCCGCCUGGAGAAUGAACAUCUGAAUAACUGUGGUGAAUUCCGUGCUGUGCGGGACAUCUCUGUGGCCCCCUUGAAUGCAGAUGAUCAGACACUCCUAGAGCAGAUGAUGGACCAGGAUGAUGGGGUACGAAACCGCCAGAAGAAACCGGCCAUGGAAGUACAGCCGAGCAUAUCCCUGCGACGACCUCGCCUCGCUUCUCAAUCCAAGGCUCGUGACACUAAGGUAUUGAUAGAAGACACAGAUGAUGAAGCUAACACUUGAAUUCUCUGAAGUCUUGAUUAACAUCUUGGUUUUCCUACUCUACAAUUCUUUCCUCGACCAAUGCAACCUCUAGUACCUUUCCAGCCGAAAACGGAAGACACAACACAUUUUCCGAGCUCUUCCAGAUCGGAUCCUAUGGACUCCAAACAAGCUCACUGUGUUUCCUUUCUUUUCUUCUGGUUUAAUUUUAAUUUUCUAUUUUUAAAACAAAUAUUUACUUCAUUUUGCCAAUCAGAGGACAUUUUAAGGAACAAAAACAUAGUAUCUUACAGAUUGUUUACAAUCGCAAGGACACAGAUACCUAUCAGGAUGAAGAACAGGCACAGCUAGGACCCUCUGGUGGGAUGGUACCGAGACAUCUCGGCUUCUGCUUGACCCGGUUUUGACUGCUUAAAACCGGAUACUGGUUUUUAAAUUUUUUUUGUCAGUUUAUGUGGAGAAUUUUUUCCUUUUCUUCAUACCCAGCGCAGAGGCACUGGCUGCACUUGCAGGGAAAGUGCAACUUAGAGCAGUACCUUCAUUCACGAAGCUACUUUUUAAUUUGAUGUAACUUUUCUUAUU